ACAAAGCAAUGAUGAAUAGCAAAAGAACCCACUACACAUAAAAAAAAGGACCGAGUGUGUUCAAAGAUUAGAUGACGGAGGAGGCCAUUGGAGAGACUCAGUCACUCCACUACUGAUGCACUCGCCGAUUAUUGUAAGGGAAAGCAGCGUAUAAAUUCUCUAAUUGCUGAAGUCUCCCUCCUCCCUUUAGUCAACCAAGAACACUUGAGAAAUGGUAGAGGAGGAAAGAAUUGUUGUUCCUAAAGUGAAAUUGGGGAAUCAGGGACUCCAGGUCUCCAAGUUGGGGUAUGGAUGUACGGGUCUUUCUGGAAUGUACAGUGAUCCUGUACCUGAUGACGUUGGCAUAUCCAUUAUCAAGCAUGCAUUCCAUAAAGGGGUUACCUUUUAUGAUACAGCAGACAUAUAUGGGACCAAUCAUGCUAAUGAAAUUUUAGUUGGAAAGGCACUAAAGCUAUUGCCUCGAGAGAAGAUCCAGUUGGCCACAAAGUUUGGAGUAGCCGGAUUUGAAUCUGGUACUCUUGUGUUAAAAGGAACUCCAGAUUAUGUCCGGGCCUGUUGUCUGUCUAGCCUUAAGCGGCUUGAUGUGGAAUACAUCGAUCUCUACUAUGUACAUCGAAUUGACACAUCUGUGCCCAUAGAGGACACUAUGGGGGAACUAAAGAAGUUAGUGGAAGAAGGAAAAAUCAAGUAUAUCGGGCUAUCUGAAGCUAGUCCAGACACAAUAACAAGAGCACAUGCUGUUCACCCGAUCACUGCUCUACAGAUGGAAUGGUCCCUUUGGACUCGUGACAUUGAGGAUGAAAUAGUCCCUCUGUGCAGGGAACUUGGAAUUGGUAUAGUUCCAUACUGUCCUUUAGGGAGUGGAAUAUUUGGUGGGAAGGCAAUUGUCGAAAGUAUCUCAGCAAAUAGUUUUCGGCAAUCACUUCCAAGGUUUCAAGGAGAGAACUUUGCAAAGAACAAGAUAUUAUGUAAUCGCGUGGAGAAGUUAGCUGAAAAGCAUGGAUGCUCCCCUCCACAACUAGCACUUUCAUGGCUUCUUCAUCAAGGGGAUGAUGUGGCACCUAUCCCUGGGACCACUAAAAUUAAAAAUCUUGAUAAUAAUAUUGGUUCUGUAAACGUGAAGCUGACAAAAGAAGAUUUGAAUGAAAUCUGUGAUGCUAUACCCAUCCACGAGGUGGCAGGGCCGAGAGAACCAGAGCAAUUUGAUCGCUUUUCAUACAAGUAUGCUAACACACCAGCGAAAGAAAGCAAGGCACACGCUUGAAGUAAUUGAACUUGCAGUUUAUGCACAUGUUUUCCGCUUUAUAUAUGCCAACUUGGCAACUUCCAACAGCAGUGCAAUGUGAGCUGAUAAGCACCGUCCACGUUAUUGGCUUAGGGAAGAAGCUUUUUUCUUAUGAAUGUGCUGCUAAAUGUUGUGUUUUGCCUCGACAGGGGAAUGACAUGCUAUGUUGUUGAAGUAAUGAGUACUUCAUUUUUCUCAUUUGCCUUUCAAUAAGUUAAAAACUCGUACUCGAUAACGCCUGUGUCGAAGAAAAACAAGCUUGGAACAUGUAAUGCAACAUCUCAUCAAGGUUCUAUGGUUGUAAGAAAUUUAAGAAUUUACUUUUGAUUCCUGUUUUCGUC